AUGUUCCCUUUGCCUUUCCUUAAAGCCAACGCUCCUCAUUUAUCUCCCAAACGGCAUCUUGACCCUCCCAAAAGUCUCUUCCCUUAUGGGACACUCACCCUGUCCCACCCUUGUCCUCCUUUUAGUGUUUUGGAUUAUAGAUUGUACUCGGAAGAGAUGGAAAGCACUGUGACAUAUGAGAGUGAUCUCAACCUCAGGGCAACUGAGCUUAGAUUGGGGCUCCCAGGAACAGAAGAAAGAGAGGAAAAAACACUGCCUGCAGCUGUUAGAAUUACCAACAAAAGGCCAUUGACUGAAACUUCUGAGGAGAGUGUUUCUAAGGGCCCUAAUGCUCAACAUGUGGAAACUGAGGCAGCCCCUCCUGCCAAGGCAAAGAUAGUGGGGUGGCCACCAAUCAGAUCCUAUAGGAAAAACAGCCUUAAGGAGAAUGAAGGUGCUGGGAUUUAUGUGAAAGUGAGCAUGGAUGGAGCCCCUUACCUUAGGAAGAUUGACUUGAAGGUAUAUGGAGGCUACGCACAACUCCUCAAAGCUCUAGAAAACAUGUUCAAGUUGACCAUAGGUGAGUACUCUGAAAAAGAAGGUUACAAGGGAUCUGACUAUGCACCAACAUAUGAAGACAAGGACGGUGACUGGAUGUUAGUUGGAGAUGUUCCAUGGGACAUGUUUGUGACUUCUUGCAAAAGGCUGAGAAUCAUGAAAGGAUCAGAGGCCAGGGGUUUGGGUUGUGGUGUAUGA